AUGGAAAAAAAUCAUAACAUCCUUAAAUAUGGUAAUAGUUUUAAUGUGAGUAAGGAACUAAAGUCUUAUAUGUUAAAAGUGAUGAGUGAAUAUAAAAAUUAUUUUGAAAAGAUAUUAAUUAAAAAUAGAAAUUUAGAAGAUAAUAUAAAUUUUGUUAAAGAUAUAAUAAUAGAUGAAGAAAAUAGUUAUAAUGAAGACAUCUUUUUAAAAAUACAAAAAAAAUUUCAUCUUUACGAUAUUUUCAAUUUGUCAUUUUUAUUUCCAACCAAUAUUUUAAAUAAAAAUGGAAAAACAUUGGUUCAAUUAAUAUCAGAAGAUACCAAUCAAAAUGAUUUAGAAGUGAUAUAUGCUAUUCUAAAGAAUAUAGAACAAAAUGAAUUAGAUAAAUUAAAUUUUUUCUAUAUAGAAAAUAUAAUAUUUGAAUUAUUAGAUGAAAUAAUUAGACAAAUAACUGUUGAAUGUCCUAAACGCGGUUUUGCCUUAAUUUUAAUCAACAAUGAGUUACAAAAAAAUAUAAAUUAUUAUAAAAAUUUAAUAAAAAUUAUUGAGCAUAAUAAUGAUGUGAAUAAUGGAAAAUUUAAAGAAAUGCAAAGUUAUUAUAGUUCAUUACUGGAGCAUUUAUCUGUAGAAGAAAAAACACUAAAAGAAAAAUUAAUAGAUUUACAGAAUGAAUUUGAAAUUUUAAAAAAUGAAAAUAAAAAGAAAUUACAGGAAAAUAAAAAUAAAAAAGAAAUACAGUAUGAUUUAUUAAAGCAUAACGAAUCAUUGUUAGAAAAAAUUAAAGAAAUAUAUGAUAAAAAUGGAGAAAUUUAA